AUGAACGAUGGCAUUUCGGAUAACCCUUCAAAAACAGAUGGUAUGAUUAUUAUGCUUACUUACAGUUCCAUAUAAUUAUCUACAAAUAAUACGUUUUGAUUUCAUACAACUGAUAAGAAUUGGCUUGUUCCUUCUAUCCCCGCUGCCCAACCCCCCUUUGCCAAAAAAAAAAACUCUGUUGUUAAUGACCCCCCACUUCAUGGACUACCCUAAAAUGUGCUGUCACUGAAGAUUAUUGAGUGAACUAGGUUCCAUUUAGAGACAUUGACCUGAGAAUUGAUUCACCCACGAAUCUUUGGUGGUACAGUCAAGUCUUUCUAAGACGGACACCCUUGGGACCGGCACUAAGUGUCCGUCUUAUAGAGUGUCAAAUAAGGGGAAUAAAGAAAGUAGGGACCAACUCUAGGUUUCCGUUUUACAGAGGUGUCCGUCUUGUAGAGGUGUCCAUUAAGAGAGAGUCGACUAUAUAGCAUAAUACAAUGUAUAGUCCAUGGAUUGGGGGUUAGUGUUUACCACCUCUUCACAGUGAUAGAAUAGUGAAAGCUUGUAACCAGACACCCUCAGGACACAAAAAAUGUGUCCGUAACGGUCGCUGGUCACUUACAAAAAAACGUUCUGCCCGUCUGCCUGUUACAGCUGAGCUCACUUGAUUUGAUUUGUACAAUGAAAUGUCCGCUUUCUAAAGUGCCUGUUAGGAGAGCUUCCAUGGUACAUUUCUAUAACAAUUUUUUUUUUCAUUUUUGUUUUUUAGUCAUUGAAGAGGCUGCAGUGGCUUUGUUGCCGCGCUUCCUCAAGGAAAAAGGUGGUAGCCCACACACUGCUAUGAAAAUUUGCAUGGUAGGUAAUUUUUCUUGUUUUUUCAGGUUUUCAGAUACCUUUGUAAAUUUCCUUAAAGAUAAUGUUAUUACAGUCAACUCACAAAAAUGCUUACUUUCUGGGCUUAAUGGGAAAAAAAGUGGAGUUACUGGAAGUUUGAGUUAUUAGAAGUUCCAAACAAACAACUGAAAUGAGAAUAUAGGGUGCUGGAGGAAUGCAAGUACAGUAUCAUGCACACUUCACUAAAAGGGCAGCCAGAGAUCAUAAUCAAAUAAAGCUUGAUUGCUAUACAGUGCUGGAAAUGGUCAAAAGAUUACAUGGUUGUUUUCAAAAAAAUUCAAUGCUUCGGUUCAAGUUAUCGUGGGUUAAAAACUGUAUAAAAAUAAUCUGAAGAGACACAAAAAUACUUAAGUUAUCACGGGUUUGAGUUACUGAGGGUAAAAUUCAUGCAGUAAAUGUAUGUACAGUACACGCAGAAAAUCCAGGGAAAAUCAAUUUUGCUUUGAGUUAGCGAGGGUUCAAGUUAUCGGGAGUGGGCUGCUGUAUUCCGGGAAGUCCUGGAAUUGACUGCUAACUCAUCUAGUUAAUUUUCUGUAUUUUUUCCUUUUCAAAGGAAGGAGAAAGCACCGACCAAGCAAUAGAGGAAACCAGGUUCCCGAGAAUUGUUGGGAAAGGAGAGUUUUGGUGCCUCGGUCCCCUUGUUAUAGCCAUAGAGGGUGAAAUCAUCCUUACAUUAGCUUCCACCUCUAUGGCUAAUGCCAUAAGUUUACUGGCUGCCUGCUACUAUGUUUUUAACAUUACUUACAAAGCCAAACCUGGCAACGUAUUUUUAUUUUGUGAGGCCACUCUUCUUGACAUGCCAACUGAAGCAAAAAAGAGAGAGGCCCUAAACAAAUUUAAUUCAAGUCUUAAUUUAUAA